UGGAAAGGCUAUUUCAAUAACAAAUCGACAAUAACAGGGAACUCGCCUGUUCUUCCGUGUUAUUCUGCUACUAUAGAAGACACAUCAAACAUAUAUCUGCGGAUUCUUAAUUUAACCGUAUUUGGAGAACAUUUGGGGCCCACAGAGUCGCAGAAAUGAGUCAGUGGAUGGAGCUUCAACAACUUGAUUCAAAGUUUUUGGAACAGGUCGACCAACUGUAUGAUGACAACUUUCCAAUGGCCAUCCGGCAGUACCUCAGCAGCUGGAUAGAAAGCCACGACUGGGAGCAUGUUGCUAAUGUGGAGAACGAGUCCCUGGCUACCGUGAGGUUUCAUGAUCUUUUGACCCAGUUAGAUCACCAACACAGCCGCUUCGCGAUGGAGAAAGACUUCCUGAACCAGCACAACAUCCGCAAGAUCAAGAGGAACUUGCAGAACCUCUUCCAAGACGAUCCCGUUUCCAUGGCUAUGAUCAUCAGUAGGAACCUUAGCGAAGAAAGGAAGAUUCUGUCCGCUGCCCAAAUGUCAGAGAAUCGAACCGAGAGCACCCAAAACGACAUGAUCGUGGAGAAACAUCGAGAAAUGGACGGAAGGGUGAAAGACAUAAAGAACAAAGUACAGGACACCGAGCAGAUCAUCAAAAAUCUGGAAGAUCUGCAAGACGAAUACGACUUCAAGAGCAAAACUCUUCAAAGCAGAGAGGAACUCAACGGGACCAUUUCAGCGGAAGACUUGAAUCGGGAGAGACUCACCAUCCGCGCCAUGUUUAUGAAACUCCACAACACAAGAGAGAGUGUGAUUGGUCAGAUGUCAGAGGUGUCGAAUCUCAUGGAUCCGGUGAUCUUUGAGCUGAUCUCAUCAGAACUGGCCGAUUGGAGGCGCCGACAACAGAUGGCUUGCAUCGGUGGGCUGAGCAAUGUCUGCUUGGACCAGCUGCAAAACUGGUUUACCUCUAUCGCAGAAUCUCUGCUUCAGCUCAGGCAGCAGCUCAAGAAACUUCUGGAGCUGGAGCAGAAGUUCACAUACGAUAAAGAUCCCAUCACCCUCAGCAAAAACACCCUGGAGGACAAGAUCAUGUCAAACCUCAAAACUUUAAUCACAAACUCCUUGGUAGUCGAGAGACAGCCAUGCAUGCCGACCCAACUGCAAAGACCUUUGGUGCUGAAGACGGGUGUUCUGUUCACUCUCAAAUUACGGCUGCUCAUAAAACUUCAGGAAUUCAACCACACUGUUCGAGUGAAAGUCCAUUUUGAUAAGGAUAUCGUUGAGAAACGGAAAGGGUUUCGGAUGUUCAACAUCUUGGGAACAGCCAUGAAGGUGAUGAAUAUGGAGGAAUCCAAUGGGAUGGCUGCAGAAUUUCGUCAUCUGCAACUGAAAGAGAAGAAAGUUACCGGAAACAGAACUAGUGAGGGUCCUCUGAUCGUCACGGAAGAACUUCACUCCAUCGUCUUUGAGGCUGAGCUUUGCUGGUCUGGACUGGUCAUGAACUUUGAGGCUACAUCUCUGCCCAUAGUCGUGAUCUCCAAUGUCAGUCAGCUACCCAGUGGAUGGGCCUCCAUCAUGUGGUACAACAUGCUGAACUCUGAACCAAAGAACCUUUCGUUCUUCGUCACUCCUUCUUCAGCCACUUGGGGUAAUCUAGCGGAGGUGCUGAGCUGGCAGUUCUCCUCCAUCACCAAAAGAGGUCUUAAUCAAGAACAGUUGAGCAUGCUGGGAACUAAACUGCUAGGUCCUAAAGCGGUGAUGGAUCCUGAAGCUCAGAUUCCUUGGAAUAGAUUCUGUAAGUCUGGCAGUGAGAAGAACUUCACCUUCUGGUUGUGGAUUGAAGCCAUUUUGGAUCUUAUAAAGAGACACCUGCUGAGUCUGUGGGAUGAUGGGUGUAUAAUGGGGUUUGUGACCAAGGACCGUACUAAAGCUCUGCUGUAUGACAAAGCUCCCGGGACGUUUCUGUUGCGCUUCAGUGAGAGCAACCGCGACGGAGCAAUCACGUUCAGCUGGAUCGAACAUGACUCAAACGAAGAGCCGCAGAUUCGCUCUGUGGAGCCCUACACGAAGAGGGAACUCUCUGCCGUCUCGCUUCCCGACAUUAUUCGAAACUAUCGCGUGAUGGCCGCCGACAACGUCCCAGAAAACCCUCUGCGGUUCCUUCAUCCCAAUUUACCCAAAGACGACGCCUUCAAAAAAUACUAUUCCAAACCUACCGAGAAGCAAGAACCAAUGGAUGUCGACAAGAAGUCAGACGAGGGAUACAUCAGCACCACUCUCAUCUCCAUCUCUGAAAUGAAACCGCAAGAAUAUAAUGACACGCUCAUGCCAAUGUCACCUGAGGUAUUCGACCAGCUGAAGCUGGAGGUGAACCGAUACGAUAUCCGACUGGAGCCGUCAGACUUCAGCCUUUCUUAAGUCACCUGAAAGAUGACAGAUGACUCAGGAAAAAGUAAAAAUGUUUCCAUCAUUCUGUGUUUUUAACAGCGCAAAUGAAAUGGGAGCAAUUCGUGUAGCCAUUGGGUUUGGUAUUCCUCUCUCUUUCAUUCUAACAUUGAGGAAAUUAUUCAAAAAACACUGUAUACCCUGUCAACUAUCGCAAAAAGUGGAAAAUGGAGCCAAUUAAACCCCAUAGUAAUGCUACUGUUACCUCAGCACUUAAUCUAAAAACUAAAGCAACUUUUAAGGCAGGGAAGUUGUGUACUAAUAGUACUCCAUUUAGUGUAGCACCAAGUAGUAAACGAGAAAGUAAAUGCCGAGCAGUAAAUGAGUGAACGAGAAAGCUAGACGGAUGAAUUUCACAAAAACUGUUUAAUCUAUAUUUUCUAUAAAGAAAAUUAAACCUAUUUUUAGGACUACUAAGAUUUGUUUUAACAGUUAAGCACAUUUUAAUCCACAUUUUUUCUUUAUAAGAAUGCAAACAAAUCAUUUAUUUAAUCGCUUUGAUGGGAAAAAACAUUUACAUCUCAGGGUUGUUUUUGUACUGCCUUUAAUUUAUGCUGAUUUUAAUACAAAAAAAAAUCUAAAGUUUUUACUGUAAUACUGGAAUUAGUGUAUCACAGUAAUAAAUCCAUUAUAAGAAUAAAGAAAAUAACA